UCGGGCUAGACUCAGCCGCUGGAACCGGCGAGAUCUCCCGGGCGAACGUCGUGCGCGGGCGAAAACUCCCGGACGCCGGACAAAAUUCGAUCAGUGCCCUCGUAAUAAUUAAAAAAAGUAAUCGAACUGUCAAAAAAUGCGUCUGCCGCGUUUUCGAGCUGUCACAUUUGAAUUUGGAAUUUAUUUCUUUUUUAUUCGGCCAGUGUGAGAGUGGAGGUUCCGCGUGUGAUUGUGACCUUUGUUUUAGAAAAAAAAAAACGGAAUUCGGUUAUUGUCACAUUAUUUUUUAUGUUCUAGUGUGGUGUCGAUUUGUGAUAACCGAUUCGGACAUGCGAUUUAGGAUGUCUGCCGACAACCACUGAAGCGCCGAAGAUCCCCUCAUUAAAAAUGAACUGACACUCCAAAAAUAAUAAUGUAGGUACUCUUGAUCAAAGGAAAGAUGACAAACGUAAAAUUAAAACUUAUGUUCUUCCUGCUGAACGCUUUACUGACCGCGGACAUAGUUCACGCGAGACCGUACUCCGACAUGAACAACACAGACAUCGUGCUGAAGUUCGGGAAAAACAACAACACAUUUCAUUUACCCAUCGAUCCUAACUCUGAUACUCUAAUCGUAGCUGAAGAGACUGAAGAAGAAAUAAGAGAAACUGAUAGAACAUCCAAAUCAGAGCUAGAAGAUUUAAUGAAUGCAGAACAAGGGAGAGAUGAGGAUUUAUCUAAGAAAGUCAUGAGAGAUCAGACGAAGGUUGUGGAUGUUCCUAACAGUGGCGCUGAAGCGGGCGCAGCCGAAAAACAAACGAACAUAUCAAGUAGUUUGCUAGAUGAUAUCAUCAAUUCGGAGACAGACAGAGAAGAUACUAUUACAGAUAUUCUUUUUAGGCCAGAAGCGGAAUUCGCCGAAGAUAUGCCGAAGUUUGAAUUUUUGAUAGCAGCUAAAAUAAAUGAGAGUGACUUUUUAAAUAGAAGUGUGGGUGAGGUGGACAGGGAUAGGAACAGUAGUGAUGUGCUGAAGAAGGUGGACUAUGUGGAGCUGGUGGAGGUGGCGCGGCCGUCGAAGGAGAACAAGAGUGCGCUGAUGAUGAACAUCACUGGGCAUGAGGUGGAUAACGAUUUGGCUCCAGAUACGAUUUUGUCUGUUUUCUCAGGCUACUCGGAUGUGCAGACUUUGUUCCUCGCGUGCUUCGGGACGUUGCUGCCUCUGCUGGCUGUGCUCUUCGCUACACUGCUCAUCAGGUGUCUCUGCCGUCGCUACUGCCCCACGUUCUGCAAGAAGCCGACAGGAUCCACCACCUCCGACAGCAGCGAGAAGCAAGAUGCUAAUCAUCAACAGUUGAAGUCUCCAACGGAAGAGAGUACCGGCACUGACGGUGGAGAGGCUCCGGCGGCCAACGGCUCCAUCUUCACCAUGACCUUGAAGAACAACCAUCUGAUAGUGGAAACUGAGGAGAGGAAUGAUAUAACCAAAAACGGCCGAGAAACAAAAAUGAAGUAUUCACCAGACAAUGAUGGCAUCUUCGUUGUGGAGGUUCAGCAGUCAGCAGCUUACAGGCCGAAUAAGAAUAUCCAAAACUCUCCACAGCAUGACCCUCAAAUCUCCACCAACCAGGCCCUCAUACACCGCGUUCCUGAUGAAUUGGACAAGAAGAUAGAAGAAGAUAGUGAAAGAAGCAGCGAGAAGUUUGAAAGAGAUAAAGCUCUCGCUUUAUCUAGUACGGGACUUUCAAUUUCAGACCUCAGUAUGUCAUCCAUUGGUUCCCAUAAUGUCAGCUACUCUUACAGCAGUCAGAUGGGAUACGAACAAGGUCCGUUUGGGUAUCCUGUGUACGCUGGCUAUGAUACAUCUAAAGACGAUAUGCCAGAAGGUAUAGUUAACGAUAACUCCCAAGAACCUUUGAUUACCAAAACGCCAACUGACCCUGAUAAGCCUGUCGUAACUGCAGCCAUAUUCAAGCAAGAUUCUAUAAUAGGUAGCGAAGCGCUGCAAGGACCAGGCUACUGCAUCGAAGGCUCAACUGACGGACCGCUGCUAUCAGAUGUUCAAGCUAGAGAAUACAGCCUACAACACCUUCACGAUCAGAAGAAAAUGGAGAAUGGUGUAGCAGUUCCUGUGGCAGAGAAAGUGGAAGGUUUGAAAUCUUUAAAUCGAGCUGACAGUCUUCCAGUACGGUUAGAGGAAGAUGAAGUUGAAAAAGUCCCGAUGGAAACUAUCAAAGAAGACGACGGCUCUGGCAAAGAUGUUUUGAAAGGUAAAAGAGGGUCAUUGCCGAUUAUAAAGACGGAUAUGUACGAAUCAGUGAAGGACGUGAUUUUACCUUCGGGGUCUCCGAAGUUUGAGAAGCUGAUGAAUGAGACGUCGCCGGGGGAUGGAGCAUACGACUCGCCUCCAAUGAUCACGAUCACAGAGGAGAGUGAAUCCAGCAAGUCUGAUGGCACGAGUUAAUUUUAGCGCUCGUUUUUAUGUAUAUAGUAUGUUUCAGGUUGUUUUUAAUGUGUUGAAGUGCGGUGUCGGGGAACGCGAUAAGAAACCAGAUUUUUUAUCAUUUUAUUCAUGGCAAUUCUUCGACUUUUUAAUAAUGGUCAAUUCAAUCAAUUUUGUUUACUUUUAUACAAUAGACUUGAUUGUUAUAACACAUUUUUCUUCUUAUAUCAUUCUGAUCUUCACCUGAUUCGGUAUUAUCUUCCCGAUUGACACCGUGUAUCCUAGUAAAUAAUUUUGUAAAAUCUAUUAAAGUAGUCGUAAGCUUGGAGUCACCUCGUUUCAUUGAGUUCAGGUUCUGCCACUAGUUACCCUGACCGUUCUGUGUGUCGCUCCGUAGGUGAAUUUGUAUAAAUUAGAUUAUUGCUGGCAUAUUUGGAUGAUGUAUUUUGUGAAGGCUAGGGGAUGGCUCUUGGAGGUCAACGAAUAAAAUUAUUAUUUCAAGUAUACAGAAAAUAUUGUGAUUAACAUCAAAUUAUGUAAGGGGAUUUGAAAGAAGCCUUUUAUUUGGCUAGAUGGUGAUAAAGAUGAUGUAAUAGUUAAUCUUCGUAGAGAAUGAUGGUAAUUUUGGAAGACAGGAAAAUACAGGUGUUGGGCUAUUGAAAUGUUAGACAAUUUUAAUGGGAAGUCUCAAUUACUGCUAUGAGGUCGAUAUCAGAAUUAGUAUCGCUUCUUAUUUCUUUUCUAGGAAUAUUUCAUCGGUACCCGUAAGUUUCGGUAUCGGCUUCAUAGUUUUGAUUGAUGACUGUUGCAUUGUUUUUGACGUUGAUAUGUCAUUUAAAUAUACCGGUAUUUAGGGGUUAAGGAUGAACUUUGAAACUUGAGAUCAGAUUUGUUGAUGGUUAAAUGUUGAUAGUUGAACUCAAAUUAGUCAUCCAGCAGUUUGUAACAUUACUGAUACUGUAAUGCUUACAACAAUAAAUUUUGAGAAAGGUUUCUGAUAGUUUGUUUCAAUAUUUUACCAAGUGUCUUUGACUGUUGUCAAGAGUUAAUGUAGUCUGAGCUUUAUUGUGUUUUUGACUUCAACUUCAUCAUCUAACCAUUGAGUCUGUGGUGCAAGGCUGUCGUUUCCAUGAUAUGUACAUUUCUGUUCUUCAUCGUUGUGGCCAAAUAGAUGUAUGUAUAGAUUAAGUGAUAGUGGGGGAAUGUUGACAGGGCUAUCAUUUAUAAUGUUAUUUCUAUCUUGAGGAAUGAAAACUAUU